AUGGCUGUCAAGUCGUUUCUUUCGUCGGCUUGGGCUGCGGUGACAGGAGCAGACGACCCUGCUACGGCCGGACUGGCAGCACUCAUCGAUGCCGUGCCUGAUGCUGCGCUUGACGAUGUCAUUGUUCUUCGCUUUGAUGACGAUCUCUCAUUGGAUGCCUUUCGGGCAGCCGGAGAGGCUGCUGAUGCUGCUGCUGCAUCGCGCGCUGCUCGGGCAGAGAGGGAGGCCGCCGCUGCAGAAGCUGCCCUUGGUCCUCCUGGAUCGGAGCAGGACGACGAUGGAGGUGAUGCGGUGGUCUCCCGCCGCUCAACCAACUCCUCGAUCAACAGCUCGCCGGGUUCGAUGAUCAUUGCGGCGUCAAUGGGUGGAGGCGGGCGAGCAGCAGGCGGACAGCAGCGGAAGCUCAUGAUUCCCGUGGAUGAGUCUGUCGGCUGCUACGCGGCGUUUGUGGCUGCGGCUGGGCUGAUGGAUGCCGAGAGCGACAUGUUGCAUGUGAUUUCGGUGGUGCCAAACGAACUGUCACGGGCUGGGCAGGAUGUGGUGGCGCUUGAUCGGGCUAAGCGAGUGGUGGCGUACUACGUCGACGCGGCGCGCUCUGCCGGCAUCGACAAUGUCAUCGGACUUGUCGGGCGGUCGUAUCACCUCGGCGAGUUCAUCUGCCUCGCGGCCGAGGGCCACGGCAUCGACCUAAUUGUUCUUGCCCGCACCCCGCGGGCGCUCGUUGGCUUCCGUCGCAAGGCGCUCGGCUCGACCGCCAAGUACGUCGCGGUCAAUGCCGGCGCAGACGUUCUCAUCGUCAAGGGCGAGUAUGUUCCGCCCAUGCCACAUGUUGCCGACUCGCGUGUUUGAGCCGUGGCUCUCCACCCUGGCCCUCCCCUCACUCCUAUCCAUAUCCCUAUCCCUCCCUAUCUUUGUUGCCUGAUCCCAGUCAGAGUACACACCUGCUGUAGAGUUCCUUACCAACACCUGAUCAACACACA